AUGCUUCCCAAUCCUUCUGAAAAGUACAAGAAGUUUGUGCCUUUGAAGCUCCCCAAUAGACAAUGGCCAGAUAGAACGUUCGAGAAACCUCCGCGCUGGCUGUCCACCGACCUCAGAGAUGGAAAUCAGUCUCUUCCUGAUCCGAUGUCUGUUGAGGAGAAAAAGAUCUAUUUCCAGAAACUGCUUGACAUCGGAUUCAAAGAGAUCGAGGUCGCCUUCCCGUCAGCCUCGCAGAUCGAUUUCGAUUUCACCAGAUAUUGUGUUGAAAAUGCCCCAGAGGACGUCUCUAUCCAGGUUCUUUCUCCGUGCCGUCCAGAGCUGAUCAAACGCACUGUCGAGUCGCUUUCUGGAGCUAAAAAAGCCAUUGUCCACUUGUACUUGGCCACCUCUGACUGCUUCCGUGAUGUUGUGUUUGGCUUGUCGAAAGAAGAGACGUUGAAGCUUGCUACGGAAUGCACUAAGUUGGUGAGAAGUCUCACUAAGGACGAUCCGAAGCAAAAAGACACCGUCUGGUCGUACGAGUUCUCGCCAGAGACGUUUAGUGACAGCGACCCGGACUAUGUUUUGGAGGUCUGCGAGAGUGUUAAGGCUGCUUGGGGCCCAAGUAAGGAAAAUCCUAUCAUUUUCAACCUCCCUGCCACCGUCGAGAUGUCGACGCCAAACGUGUAUGCUGACCAGAUUGAGUACUUUUGCACGCACAUAUCCAACAGAGAUACCGUUUGUGUGUCUCUCCACCCACAUAACGACCGUGGGUGUGCCGUUGGUGCGGCAGAGCUUGCGCAGCUUGCUGGUGCCGACAGAGUCGAGGGGUGUCUUUUUGGAAACGGAGAGCGGACUGGCAAUGUCGACUUGGUCACUCUGGCUCUGAAUCUGUACACACAGGGGAUCCAUCCGAACCUGGACUUUUCAGACAUGAAAUCUGUGAUUGAUGUGGUGGAAAAAUGCAACAAAAUCCCUGUGCAUGCUCGUGCCCCUUACGGCGGACAGUUGGUGGUCUGUGCCUUUUCCGGCUCUCACCAGGAUGCUAUCAAGAAAGGUUUCGAGAGAAGAAAAGACAAGAAGGGCAUCUGGCAGAUUCCGUAUCUUCCGUUGGAUCCACAAGAUAUCGGCAGAACCUACGAGGCCAUCAUCCGUGUCAAUUCGCAAUCUGGAAAGGGCGGUGCCUCGUGGAUCAUUUUGCGCAACAUGGAGCUCGAUCUUCCUCGUGGCCUGCAAAUAAGUUUCUCGAAAGUGGUCCAGGAUGCCACCGAGAAGAAGGGAAGAGAGCUCAAGGCAAACGAGAUCAUGGAUCUGUUCAAGAACGAGUAUCUGCUCUACAACUACGAGGACGGCGAAAAUCUCAAGCCGGCGGGCAACUUGUUCAAAUUGGACAACUACUAUCUCGGUAAUAAGGACAAGAAAACCAGACAGUUGGUGGUCGACAUGUCGAAUUACGACGGAACUAUUUCGUACAAAGUUCUGGGAGAGGGUAACGGACCUAUCUCUGCGUUUGUGAACGGUUUGAACACACAAUUCAAGUCGAAGUUCGAGGUGAUUAACUACCACGAGCAUUCUCUGGGUUCUGACUCCAACUCCAAGGCAGCAGCCUACAUCAACUGUAAGGUUGACGACAAGCACCUCAUUUGGGGUGUUGGUAUCAACGAGGAUGUCAGCACUGCCAGUUUCAACUCUCUGUUGAGUGUCAUCAACCAAGCCAUCCGCAAAGGUGUGAUCAAGGAGAUGAACGUGUGA